AGAAGGUCAGUAAAGGAAAGUGGACGUUGGAUUCUGAACGCUGGAUCAAGGAGCCCAUAGGAGUUUGUAGUCGUGGGGAUUUUGGAGACUUGAGCAAGUAGCCUGGGGGUUCUCCUUGGAUUUCUCGCCUGUUGUCUGCCCCUGUCUUCAUUCUUCAGACCCCAAGAUGAACGUGCAGGCUUGCUCCAGGUGUGGCUAUGGGGUGUAUCCUGCUGAGAAGAUCAGCUGCAUCGACCAGAUAUGGCAUAAAGCAUGUUUCCACUGUGAAGUGUGCAAGAUGAUGCUGACUGUGAAUAACUUUGUGAGUCACCAGAAAAAGCCCUACUGUCACGCCCAUAACCCCAAGAACAACACGUUCACUAGUGUCUAUCACACGCCAUUAAAUCUAAAUGCGAAGAAGAUUCCAGGAGCCGUGGGUGGGACCCAUGACCAAGAAGAUGGUGAACAGUUUAGAUCGGUUUUUCACUGGGACAUGAAAUCCAGGGAUGGACCCGAUGCACCUCACAGGCAACCGCUGGUGAACGAGAGAGCCUACUGGCCUGGAUAUGGGGAAAGCAAUGCUUGGUGCCCAGGAGCUCUGCCAGACCCCGAAAUCGUAAGGAUGGUUGAGGCCCGACAGUCUCUUGGUGAGGCGUAUCCAGAAGACUAUGAGCAGCAGAGAGGCAAGGGGAGCUUUCCGGCCAUGAUCACACCUGCUUAUCAGAGGGCCAAGAAAGCCAAUCAGCUGGCCAGCCAGGUGGAAUACAAGAAAGGGCAUGAGGAGCGCAUCUCCAAGUUCUCCACGGUGGCGGAUACUCCUGAGCUGCUGCGGGCCAAGGCAGGGGGACAGCUACAGAGUGAUGUGAGAUACACAGAGGACUAUGAACAGCAGAGAGGGAAGGGCAGUUUUCCUGCUAUGAUCACGCCUGCUUAUCAGAUAGCCAAAAGGGCCAACGAGCUGGCGAGUGAUGUGAGAUACCAUCAACAAUAUCAAAGAGAAAUGAGAGGAAUGGCGGGUCCAGCCUUUGGAGCCGAGGGCCAGGGUGACUUGGAGGAGUAUGAUGAGCCCAGGGGAAAGGGCAGCUUCCCAGCCAUGAUCACCCCAGCUUAUCAGAAUGCCAAGAAGGCCAACGAACUUGCUAGUGAUAUAAAAUACAGGCAGGACCUGCACAAGAUGAGGGGCGCCGCGCAUUAUCAUUCUCUUCCAGCCCAAGACAACCUGGUUCUCAAACGGGCCCAGAGUGUGAACAAGCUUGUGAGCGAGAAUAAAUAUAAAGAAAACUACCAGAACCACAUGAGAGGCCACUAUGAAGGAGUUGGCAUGGACAGACGCACACUUCAUGCUCUGAAAGUUGGCAGUCUGGCCAGCAAUGUUGCCUACAAGGCUGAUUAUAAACACGAUAUUGUGGACUACAACUAUCCAGCCACCCUUACUCCUGCCUAUCAAACAACAAUGAAACUGGUUCCCUUGAAAGAUGUCAACUACAGGCAAAGCAUCGACAAGCUGAAGUACAGCUCUGUGACUAAUACUCCGCAGAUUGUUCAGGCCAAAAUCAAUGCCCAGCAACUGAGCCACGUGAAUUACCGCGCUGACUAUGAGAAAAACAAGUUGAAUUACACACUGCCGCAGGAUGUGCCUCAGCUGGUGAAGGCCAGAACUAACGCUGAACUCUUCAGUGAGGUUAAGUACAAAGAAGGCUGGGAGAAGACAAAGGGGAAAGGAUUUGAGAUGAAGCUGGAUGCCAUGUCUCUGUUGGCCGCCAAAGCCUCGGGGGAGCUUGCUAGCAAUAUUAAAUACAAAGAAGAAUAUGAGAAAACAAAAGGCAAAGCCAUGGGAACAACCGACUCGAAGCUUCUGCACUCCCUGCAGGUGGCCAAGAUGAGCAGCGAGGUUGAAUACAAGAAAGGCUUUGAAGAGAGUAAGACCCACUUUCACCUGCCCAUGGAUAUGGUAAACAUCAGGCAUGCUAAGAAGGCCCAAGCUCUUGCCAGUGACCUGGAUUACAGGAAGAAGCUGCAUGAAUACACCGUGCUGCCUGAAGACAUGAAGACUCAGUGGGCCAAGAAAGCCUACGGGCUCCAGAGCGAGCUACAGUACAAGUCCGACCUGGCGUGGAUGAAGGGAGUCGGGUGGCUGACUGAGGGCAGUCUCAAUUUGGAACAGGCCAAGAAGGCUGGACAACUGGUCAGCGAGAAAAACUACCGGCAGAGGGUUGAUGAGCUGAAGUUCACCAGUGUGACCGAUAGUGCGCAGAUGGAGCACGCCAAGAAGAGCCAGGAGCUGCAGAGCGGGGUGGCCUACAAGGCAGAGAACCAGCAGUCUAUCCACCAGUACACCAUCAGCAAAGACGAGCCUCUCUUCCUACAGGCCCGGGCCAACGCUGCUCACCUCAGCGAGAAACGGUACAAGAGCAGCUGGGAAAACCAGAAGGCAAGAGGGUUUGAGCUGAGUCUUGAUUCCUUGACCUUCCUGGCAGCCAAAGCCAAGAGGGACCUGGCGAGCGAGGUGAAGUACAAGGAGGACUAUGAGAAGUCCAGAGGGAAGCUCAUCGGGGCCAAGGGUGCACAGGGGGAUUCUCAAAUGAGCCACUCGCUGCAAAUGUCCAAACUGCAGAGCGAAUUGGAGUACAAAAAGGGCUUCGAAGACACCAAGUCCCAGUGCCACGUCUCCCUGGACAUGAUCCACCUGGCACACGCCCGCCAGGCUCAGCACUUAGCCACAGACAUAGGCUACAGGACAGUGUCCCAUCACUUCACAGCGUUGCCCACGGACAUGAAGGUGGAGUGGGCCAAGAAGGCGUAUGGCUUGCAGAGUGAUAACCAAUACAGGGCAGAUGUGAAGUGGAUGAAAGGCACGGGCUGGGUCGCCACCGGGUCAUUAAAUGUGGAGCAGGCAAAGAAGGCAGGAGAACUCAUUAGCGAGAAGAAGUACCGUCAGCAUCCAGAUGCUUUGAAGUUUACCAGUAUUAAAGACACUCCGGAGAUGGUCCAGGCCAGAAUUAGUUAUACCCAAGCAGUGGAUAGGCUGUACCGGGAACAAGGAGAGAACAUAAAGCAUCAUUACACGCAGACCACAGACCUGCCUGAGGUCCUGCUGGCCAAGCUGAAUGCCAUGAACAUCAGCGAGACACGGUAUAAGGAAUCCUGGAGUAAACUUCGAGACGGUGGAUAUAAACUGAGGUUGGAUGCCAUUCCGUUCCAGGCAGCAAAGGCUUCUAGUGAAAUCAUAAGUGAUUACAAAUACAAAGAGGCAUUUGAGAAAAUGAAAGGACAGAUGCUUGGCUCCCGGAGCUUGGAAGAUGAUCUCAGCCUUGCACAUUCAGUGCACGCGACCUCACUGCAGAGUGAUGUGAAUUACAAGAAAGGCUUUGAACACUCAAAGGCACACUUCCAUCUGCCGUUGGACAUGGUAACCCUGGUGCACGCCAAGAAGGCUCAGACCCUGGCCAGCGACCAGGACUACAGACAUCCACUCCCCCAGCACACGUCCUUGGCAGAAGACCUGAGGCUGCGCUGUGCCAAGAAAGCUCACAAGUUGCAGAGCGAGAAUUUGUACCGCUCAGACCUGAACUUCAUGCGAGGCGUUGCCUGCGUCAUUCCAGGCACGUUAGAGAUAGAAGGAAGAAAGAGGGCAUCUGAGCUCAUCAGUGAGAGUAAAUACCGUCAGCAUCCUGGGUCGAUCAAGUACACGACUGUGACGGACACCCCCAAUCUCCUUCAUGCAAAGUUCAGCAACCAGAUUACCAACGAGCGUCUCUAUAAAGCAGCUGGAGAGGAUGCUAGACACCAGUACACAAUGACCCUGGGUCUGCCCGAGUUUGUCCGAGCAAAAACAAAUGCGGCCAAUCUGAGCGACGCAAAAUACAAGGAGUCUUGGCAUAAUCUCCGUGCUCAAGGCUACAAGCUGACAAUAGAUGCGCUCCCCUUCCAGGCUGCAAGGGCCUCUGGGGACAUCGCCAGCGAUUUUCUCUACAGACACGACUUUGUGAAGGAGCGAGGGAAGCUCAUCGGGAUCCGCAGUGUAAGCGAUGACCCCCGCCUGCGGCACUGUCGGCUCAUGGGCCAGCUGCAAAGUGAGCAUCAGUACAAGAGGGAGGCAGCCGGCAGCCAAGCCCAGUGCCACCUACCCAUGGACAUGGUGCACCUGGUCCAUGCCAGGAAGGCCCAGGCCCUGGCCAGUGACCAUGACUACAGGACUCAGUACCACGAGUUCACAGCGCUACCCGAAGACCUGAAGUUGGCCUGGGCCAAGAAAGCCCACGCCCUGCAGAGUGAGUUUCGCUACAAGUCGGACCUCAUGGCCAUGAAGGGGACAGGAUGGCUAGCACUGAGAUCCCCACAGAUAGAGAGCGCCAGGAAGGCGGGAGAACUCAUCAGCGAGACCAAAUACCGUAAAAAACCAGACAGUAUCAAGUUCACCACAGUGGUUGACUCCCCAGAUCUGGUUCACGCCAAGAAUAGCUACGUGCAUUGCAACGAGCGCCUGUACAGGUUGGGGGAUGCAGAAGCCCUGCACAGAUACACCCUGAUCCCCGACCACCCUGAGUUCACCCGAGCCCGCCUCAACGCGCUGCACCUGAGUGACAAAGUCUACAGAAACUCCUGGGAGCAGACCCGCGCUGGCGGCUACGACUUCAGGCUGGACGCCAUCCCGUUCCAGACUGCCCGGGCAUCCAGGGAGAUCGCCAGCGACUUCCGGUAUAGAGAGGCCUUCCUGCGGGACCGGGGCCUGCAGAUUGGCUACCGCAGCAUCAACGAUGACCCGAGGAUGAAGCAUUUCCUGAACGUCGGCAGGCUCCAGAGUGACAAUGAGUACAAGAAGGACUUUGCCAAGAGUCGGUCCCAGUUCCACAGCCGCACAGACCAGCCUGGCUUCCUCCAGGCCAAGAGGAGCCAGCAGUUGGCCAGCGACGUGCAUUACCGGCAGCCCCUGCCCCAGCCCACGUGCGACCCCGAGCAGCUGGGCCUGAAGCACGCGCAGAAGGCCCACCAGCUGCAGAGUGACGUCAAGUACAAAUCAGACUUGAACCUGACUAGGGGUGUCGGCUGGACCCCUCCCGGCUCCUACAAAGUGGAAAUGGCUCGGCGGGCUGCAGAACUGGCCAACAUGAGGGGCCUGGGUCUCCCGGGGGCUUAUGGGGAGCCGGAGGUGGUGGAGGCUGGAGGUCACCCGAGGGGGGAGGUGAACCCAGAUGCCACUGAGAUUCUGCACGUCAAAAGGAAAAAGGCUCUGUGGAUGUGAGCAGGCAGCCCACCCCCCAUUCUCGAGAGAGACGCCACAGAGGAAGUCUGCUUGCCAGACACAUCCGUGCUCAAGAUGGCUUCGGUUUGGGCAAGCUGUGAAACACAGCACACCAGCCCAUCCCCAGAGCUGCCUUUAUUAAAAUAACAAUUCUGAAACCAAACGGA